AUGGAUCCAAAUCAAACAAUCAUGACAGAAAAACCUCCACUGCCGUGUUCCACGACGGGUGAUGAAGAAGGAUCACCAUCGAUAUUGUUGAUAAAUUAUAAUCAUCAACAGCAUCAACAACAGGAAAUAAUCAACAAGAAAAUGAAUGAAACUAAAGAUGAGAAGAUCAACGUGAUGCAGAUGAUGAUCAUGAAUAACGUAUCGGAUCAUCGUCAUGUUGUUGAUGAUGGUAAAGAAGAAUUAUCGAUCGGAGGAGAAGAACAAGUUAUAGAUUGUAAUACUAAUAAUAAUAAUAAUUGUGAUAGUACGAUUGUUGUGGAUAAGAUUGUGUGUAGUAAUAAUAAUAAUAGUACGAGUACUGUGCAAUCAGAAUCGGUUGUUACUUGUGAUGAAGAUUCUAAUGGAGAAAAAUCAAUAACUAUUGUUGAUACUAAUAGCAAUGUGUUAGUAAUUGCAACAGAAGAGCAAGUAAUGGAUUUAGGGAAUGCAUCAUCGGAGGAGGAGGAGGAUAAACAUCACGAUGAAGAGGUAUUAUUAACAAGACAUGAAAAUCAACCGGAAUUAAACAUUGAAAAAUCUGUAUCAAUAGUAGAACCGGAAGAGAAUGUAAAACAAGUUGAGGAGGAACAAGUUCAAGCAAAUUCAAGUGAAAAAUUGGACGCUGAAUCAAUUAUUAAAGUUAGAGAACGAAGAAUAUCGAGAAGAAUUGUUGUAAAUACCAAUUUUCAUGCAUUAACAUCAUCUACAACCUCAUCAACCGAAACUCCUGUGCAUAAUGUAGAAAUUUUCGAUGAUAGUGAAAUAGAAAACGAUACCUCAACAUAUUCGAGUGAUAUUGAUGAUGAUGAUGGUAUUAUUUCAAACGUCAAAGAUGGAUAUUUUGAAGACUCAUCAUCAGAUUUAAAGGGCUCAGAUAUUUUGUCUGUAAAAUCCUCUGAUACUGAUGGUAUUUUAGUGAGUAGCAAUGGAUCUGUACUCAAAGUGAAUGAGGCUGUUAAUUACUAUCCUUCAGUUAAUGAGAUUAGCAAUACCAAUGCAAGUCAACCAAAAAUAUAUAGCUCAAUAAUAUUUGAAUCCAAGCACGAUAGUAAGAGAAUUCAUUUAUUCGAAUCAAUAGCAUCCAACUAUAAGGAAUAUGUAACAAAAAAUCCAAAUCAAUUCAGAAAAUUAAUCAGAGAAGGAAUUCCAACAAAGGAAUCGCUCAAAACUAUUUGGAAGAGAAUGGUAGGGUCUGAGGAGCUUUCUAACAAGUAUCCUGGUCUGUACAAAAAAUUGACAAUGCACGAUGAUAUUCUGGAAGACGAUGUUCACAAAAUUUUAAAAGAUGUUCACAGAACUUAUCCACAGUACGAGUUUUUCAGUGAGAAGGAUGGACCAGGUCAAAUGUCUCUUAUUAGAAUUUUGAAAGCCUAUUGCCACUUUGAUAAGCAGACAGGAUAUUGUCAAGGAAUGGCUUUUAUUUGUGGUUUUGCACUGAUGAAUCUGGAGGAUGAGGAGGACACUUUUUGGUUCUUUGUUCAGAUAAUGAAUAAUGGAAAACAUGGAUUGAAAGAUAUUUUUGCAGAGGGGUUGCCACGUUUGAGGUUGAUUAUGUUCAUGGUGUCAGAAUUGAUCAAGUUGAGACUUCCAGAUAUUCACAAACAUCUAGAAGAGAAUUACAUUCUUCCAGAAAUGUAUGCCAGUUCUAUAUUGAUGACACUGUGUACGAAUAGAUUCUCUUUUGCAUCUUCGCAACGUAUAUGGUCUAUUUUCCUCAAUGAAGGUUGGAAAAUGUUGGUAAGAUUGAUGGCUGGUCUCAUGAAAUUAAGUAAGAAGGAAAUUAUAGGUGCCAAUGCGACUGAAGUAACAACAAAACUCUAUAACACUGCAGAGCAUGUGGAUAUUGAUAUAAUUCUCAAAUAUUCAUUCAGUGUUAGACUCACUUCCAGACUGAUGGAGAAUCUCACACUCAAAUAUGAGGAACAAGAGUUGAAUGCAGAGGAAAAGAAAGCUGCUCAACAAUCACGAGAAAAUCUCAAAAAGCUCACACAACUCUCUAGCAGCCCUUCCACACCGAGAAGUGGUAGAUCAUUUUCAGUUUCAUCAAUAUUCGCCAAAAUUUCAAACCUACUAGGUUUGCUGGACAGUAGAGAAGAUGAUGCAGCUAUAUUCAAAAAGAAUCUUACAUAAAUUAAUUUAUUAACCUCU